AUGGAUCUUUCUAGGGUUAAUAAUGAUAGAGGAGAAAUGAGAAUUCAUGAAAACUUGGAUGAGCUAAGGACAGAUUUGGCUGACUAUAUUGCUGAGCUAUCAGAGGCUGCGGUGAAGGAGAGGGGCUGCUUUGCUAUUGCAUUGUCUGGAGGUUCUCUCGUUGGCUUAAUGGGAAAACUCUGUGAAGCUCCUUAUAACAGGACUGUAGACUGGGCUAAAUGGUACAUAUUUUGGGCGGAUGAACGUGUUGUGGCAAAAAACUAUUCUUAUAGCAAUUAUAAGCUUGCAAAGGAUGGCCUUCUUUCCAAGGUGCCGAUUGUUCCCAGCCAUGUUUUUUCUAUCAACGAUUCAGUUUCGGCAGAGGAGGCUGCUGAUGAGUACAUGUUUGUUAUUCGGCAGUUAGUGAAAACACGAAUGGUCAGCGUUUCUGACAUUAGUGACUGCCCCAAGUUUGACCUUAUCCUUCUUGGGAUGGGCCCUGAUGGUCACAUUGCGUCGUUAUUUCCAAAUUAUUCAGUGCUUGAUGAGACAGAUGAGUGGGUAACUUUUAUCACCGAUUCCCCUAAACCGCCACCAAAGAGGAUAACUUUCACUUUGCCUGUCAUCAAUUCUGCAUCCAAUGUAGCAAUGGUUGUGACAGGUGAGAGCAAAGCCGAAGCUAUGCAUUUGGCAAUUGAUAAUGUUGGAUCCGACCGCCCUUCGCCGCCUGCACGGUUAGUCCAACCAACAAAAGGGAAGUUGGUAUGGUUUUUGGACAAGCCAGCUGCAUCAAAACUGGAAGGUCAUCAACUUUCUGAGCAGGGUCAAUGUGGAAACCAUUUUGUCAACAAUCAUGUGAACUGA